AUGGCAACGGUCAUCACCAAACCCGCCUCCCACCCUCCCAAGAUGAAGCGACCACCCCCGCCUUUGGGGGGUCAAUCUGGGCUCAACGGAAUCAGAGCUCCUCAACAAUCCCCUUCCUCCUCUUCUCCUUCCUCUGCGUCGAAGCGUCUCCCGGGGUCUGGUCAAUUGGAUGCGGCGAAUGCCACCGGCGGUCAAAUGGCGAAUGGCGUCAAUGGCGCGUCUUUUUUGAACGUUUCCAACAACAAGGGUCCUCUGAACCGACCGAGAAGGGAUGCGCAACGAAUCGCUGACCAUCCUACACGGGUACAACGGUCAUUAUCGAAGACAAUGCCGACAGACAAUGACCGCCGGGUAGGCAAGUGCCCUGAGCCAUAUGUGAAAACGACGCCCUAUAUCUUGAAGAAAUACGCAAAAAAUCCUCCCUCCCUUAUUGUCCACCUCCAUCCGACCCACUUUCGUUUUGAACAACAAGAUGGAAGCUUCCCUUAUAAUUCUGAGAUGAAAGUAAUCAUCGAACAUAUUCGCGCAGGGACUGUUCCCCAUGAUAUGAUGGAGGAACUCUUGCGAGCCAAUGUUCGAUUCUACGAAGGUUGUUUGAUCGUUCGCGUGGUUGAUCACAAGUCGGCCACAGCGCAGGCCAGGAAAGCAACGGCCACGCAAUCGAAUGACAACAACUCACCUUUUUCGAUCCACAACUACAACGAGCAUAUUACUCCAUCACCUUUUGUGCCAUAUCCUAAACAUAAUCAACUGGCCUCUGAGCAAACGGCCUCAAAGACGGAGACUGCAACCAAUGGUACUCCUAACCAGAACAAGGAAGUUGUUAAAGAUGCGUCGGCGAAAGAGGCUCAGGCUCCGCUCAAGCCUAAAGUUUUUACAACGGUCCUUCAUCCUACCACUCGCUCGCUGCAAGCAGAAUUGACGCUGCUUGCUACUACCCCUGACCCGAGAGCUGCCAGGCAACAAGCGGAACCUUCGAAUGACCAGACCAACGGUCACGUCGCAAAGCGACAGAAGAUGCUGGUUGAACCGCAACAUUUGCUGGAAUGCGAAGCUAAGCUGACUAGGGCAUUGGCGCCACCACUCUUUUUGGAACCUGUGGAUAGUUUAGGAGCUGUACAAGACCUUCUGAAAUUCAUGGAGAGCCCGAUGCAUCGUGAUCCGCCACCAUCGCCCAAGAGACGCAAGCGAACCGUGGCUGAACUUGAAGCGGAUGAAGCGCUGGCAGCUGAGGAAGAGCGAUUCAUGCUCAUCAUGGACGAACGUUUGGAGUCAAGUGUUUCGAACGGUGCAGGAGGGACGAAGUCCGCUGUUGAUGAAACCAGCGGCGGUGCGCCAUUCGAGCCGCGCUUCUCCCGAUUCAAGACGCUGGAGAACAUUCGCAUGCAGCACGAGGAGAAGGCGAAGCGGGAGCACGAGAUUAAGCUCAAACAGGAGAUGGCCAAGAGACAGCAGCAGGAUAUGGAGCGAGAACGACGUCGGGUUCUGGAGCAACGGCAGGCCGAAGAACACGCCAGAGAAGAAGCUCGACGACAGCAGCUCGCGGCGCAACAGGCACAGGCACAGCUUGCUGCUCAGCAGCAGCAGAGUCGCCUGGCCCAAGCGAACGGUGUCAGUCAAGGGCAGCAGUCUUCUCCGGUGGUUCGCAACCAGACACCGCUCAACGUCUCUUCGCCCAUGGUUGCAAAUACGAUGGCUACACAAGGGGCUGUCCCUAUGAGUAUCACAUCGUCUGCACAAGGUGGAGCUGGCAGCCCACCGCGACCUCCGUCAGCUUUGCAGCACGCUCACCCGAGCGUCAUAGGGCAUCCUAUGGCCCCAUCCAGAAGCCAACAAGGGGGACAGAGCCGGCAUGGAACACCGCAAAUGACCCAGGGAACGCCUGCGAUGUCUCAUGCGACUCCGAUUAUGCGCAAUGCGACACCUCGGAUGAGCCACGGCAGCCCAAGCCACUCGGGUAUCUCUCAAACUCCGGUAAUGAACCAGAGCAUGAUGACCACGCCGCAAAUGGGCAGUGGUGGAAUGGGCUUGACGCCACAGCAACAACAAUUGUUGUUGCAUCAGAGACAACAGGCGAUGAUCGCUGCCCAACAGGGAAACCUUGGGCACAGCGGACUCACCCCGCAGCAGUUUUCCCAGUUGCAAGCCAACGCACAUGCACAACAAAACAUCCAGCAAUACCAGCAGCAUCUGUUACAGCAACAGCAACAGAACCAGCAGCAACAGCAACAACAACGGAUACCGAAUCAGCACGCAUACCAGGCACAGCUGAUGCGCGCGCAGCUCACUCAAAUGCAAAUGGCGCAGAAUCAACAGCAGCAGCACGCGCAACAUCCACAACCACAGAACCAACAGGUUCAAGCGCAACAGAACGGGGGCCACCAAGGCAGCCCCCAAAUGACUCCCCAACAACAGCAGCAACAAAUUCUAAUGGCAGCAGCACAAGCCAACGGCGGCCAUCUCCCGCAGAACUUCCAAGGCAUAAACAUGGCUCAGCGCUAUACCCAACUAUACCACCAGCGACUCCUCCGCCUCCGACAAGAGAUGGCGCACCGGUUCACCGGGCAAUACGGACCGCCCUCGCAGUAUCCGCCGCAUAUUGCACAGCAGUACGGCCUUGGACUCGAACGCAGCGCCAAGGUGUGGGUCAACGAGCUUAUGAAACGAGAGCGCGAAUCCGUACAGCAGCAGCGUGCUAGCCAGGUCGCGGCUGUUCAGGCGCAGGUGAUGCAGCAGCAACAACAGCAGCAACAGAAUAUGAUGCGAAAUGCAUAA